GACGUCGACGCUUUGGCGGACUAUGAAAGUGGGACAGGUGAGGGAGCUCCCGCCUGUUCAGCUUUGACCACUCACAACGCCGUCCCGCCACACACCUUAAGGCUCUCGGGCAGCGCUUAUAAGAAACGCCAAAAGUAGGUAACUUAUAUAAAUUUGACUGCAUUUUCUUCUAGUUUCAACUUAUUCACAUUUAAUACAACUUAAAUUACCACAGUCAAGAUGUCUUCUCAAGAACUCCACACCCUAAAUACCUCCAUCGCGUCAAAGACUGACCCCUCAUCGGCCGCACGUGCUCUCACAGCGCCAGCCGAAGAUAAGUUCACAACAGGGUCUCCAGAGUCAGACAUUGAGGGCGGUCUUAGGCCCGUCUGGGAAAGCAUACUUAAUGUGGCUGCGGAUACCGAGCACCAGUCUCAAGAACAUUUAGUGGCUAUUGUGCGCGCCGUCCAGCAGCAGAACCUUUCCAAAGAUGGUGCGAGCGAGGUUACAGUCUGGGGGGAGCAGGUGAGGGUGUGGAGCGACCUACCCCUCUUUGGUGCUUCUGUAAGGGACGCAUGGAAUAGAGCUCCUAGCACUGGCUCUAUCAACGAUUUCUCUGCCAGCCAGUGGCGCAAUAUAAACGCCUUCCUAGCACGCCUAACUUCCAUUUCUCCAUCUACACCUGCGUUUGAUUUUUCUAUGUUCGGCCUGUGGACGUUGAGGUCAGCAUUUGAAGGAACAGGCGAGGCCUCGCCAACAGAUGUGGAUGCUGCUAAGGUGUGGUUUGAGUAUGCGGAGGAUGUCCUGACGGAGUUGAGCAACGAAGGGAAAUCGUUCCCCGCCAACGUUGGCGCUGGUGGCGGCAGCUAUGCGGAUAAGGGAUGGACUGGAUUCAACCCUGAUAGGCUUAAGGUUUGGCAGGUAGCUCUUCAAUAGCUGACGAAAGCCCGCUAGGGGGAGAAACAAACCAGUGGCGUAGUGGUCAUAUAUUGAACCCCUUUAUUCUAAGAGCCUCCUAUAGAACAAACCCAGAGAAUG